AUGGACGUCAUGGCGACGCCGGUAGGCAACAAAGGCGUUGAGGGCACUCUCGCUGUUGGAGCUGCUGAUGCUGGGGACCGCGAGCGCGCGGCUGUAGAGGACGCGCCGCAGCUACCAGAGGAGAGCGAGGACGAGGAAGAGGAGGAGUCUGGCGAGGAAUGGGAGACUGCUUCUCUCUAUGAAGAUGCGCUCCAGUUCGUCAGUGACGAACAGCUACGCGGUGGCAUGGUACCCGGAGCAUGCACAUUUUCAGAAGCAGUGGCGUAUCGCAAACGGCUCCGUUCUAUCGGACAGGCUGCUUUUGUUGCAGAGACACUUGGCCAGGGUACUGUCACCGCGAAGAAGCUGUGUACGGCCUUUGGAAUCAUGCCUCCUACCUUCCUUGAGGGUGCACCGGACAAAGCAUACCACCCGCUGCUGUCCCUCGGCAUGUCUAGAGAAAGCUCGAAACACCUCAAACUGCCGGAUUACAACACAAUUGAUGAUGUUGUUCAGCUAAUGCAGAAAGCUAAGAAUAUCAUCAUCAUUACAGGCGCAGGGAUAUCUACAAGCCUUGGGAUCCCUGAUUUUCGAUCAAAAGAUACCGGUCUUUACUCGAAGCUAGAGUAUCUCGGCUUGAGUGAUCCUCAAGAGGUCUUUGAUAUUGAGGUCUUCCGCGAAGACCCCAGCAUUUUCUACUCCAUCGCCAAGGACAUCUUACCCACAGAGAAGAGAUUCUCUCCUACACAUGCCUUCAUCCGGCUAUUACAGGACAAAGGCAAGCUUCUCACCAACUUCACACAAAACAUUGACAACAUAGAAAGUGCUGCUGGAAUAUUGCCUGAAAAGAUGAUACAAUGUCAUGGCUCCUUCGCCACGGCCUCAUGCAUGGAUUGCAAGCAUCAAGUUCCAGGCGAACAUCUCUUCGAGACCAUUCGGCGGGGCGAAAUCCCCAAAUGCGAGCGUUGUCAGGAGAAACCACCGUCUAAACCGCGAGGUUUGAAGCGCAAACGUAACUCGAACGGCACCACGAGUCGGUCACGGUCUCGUUCUGCCUAUGAUGAUGAUUCUGAUGAUGAUGGAUAUGCUCUCCCUCCUACAGCGGCGGUAAUGAAGCCUGAUAUCACGUUCUUCGGCGAAGAGUUACCUGAUAUAUUUAAACAACGUCUAUUAGAACAUGAUCGAAAGAUCACGGAUCUCGUCAUUGUAAUCGGCACAUCCCUGAAAGUUGCUCCAGUAGCAGAAGUUCCUGGGAUCAUUCCCUCCGAUGUUCCCCAAAUUCACAUCUCGCGCACUCCUGUCUCUCAUAUCGAAUUUGAUGUUGACAUGUUAGGAGACUGUGACGUCGUCAUUUCCGAGCUCUGUCGCCGCGCUGGUUGGGAUCUUCAGCAUGACAUGAUUCCCAAGGGCCAACAGGUUCAAGUCGAGCAGACCGAAGGAUUCGAGUCCAGAUUCACCUUUACAGUGACUAGUCCGAAAAAUUAA